AUGGAUAACUACAUCACUGGGAUCAAGCUUGCCUUGGUCAUGUUGUCGGUGACGCUGGUCGCGUUCUUGGUUCUGCUGGAUAUGGCGAUUAUUGCGACGGCAAUUCCUCGCAUUACGAGUCAGUUUCAUUCCCUUCAAGAUGUGGGUUGGUAUGGUAGUGCGUAUCAGUUGGCUAGCGCGUCUCUCCAGCCGCUGGCUGGAAAGCUGUACUCUCAGUUCCGCUCAAAGUGGAUAUUUCUUGCUUUCUUCUUCAUCUUUGAACUAGGCUCUCUGGUCUGUGGUGUGGCAACAUCGUCCAAAAUGUUGAUCAUUGGACGAGCAUUAGCGGGUAUCGGGUCUGCAGGACUUGUUAAUGGCGGUCUCACAAUUCUGUCUGCAUGCCUACCGUUGCAUAAACGGCCUGCAUACAUUGGGGCCCUAUUAGGCAUUUCUCAGCUCGGCGUUGUAUGCGGUCCACUUCUUGGUGGUGCAUUCACCCAAUACGCGAACUGGCGGUGGUGCUUCUAUGUCAAUCUUCCUGCUGGGGCUAUCGUUGCGGUCUUGUUGCUCUUCAUUCACAUCCCAGACAACAUUAGACCGCGGGAGAUCUCAGUCCUACAAACCAUACAGACCAAGCUUGACCUUGUCGGCUUCGGAUUCUUUGCAUCAGCGUCCAUUCAAUUCUUCCUAGCCCUCGAAUACGGCGGAAACCAAUAUGCCUGGAAUAGUGCAACUGUGAUAGGACUCUUUGGCGGUGCAGCAGGCGUCUUCAUUGUCUACUUGGUCUGGGAAUACUUCAAAGGGGACGAGGCUAUGAUACCAUAUUCCAUGGUGAAACAACGCGCAGUGUGGUCCAGCUGUCUUGUCCAGCUCUUCUUCUGGGGGGCGCUCCAGCUCAACACGUACUACCUGCCCAUCUAUUUCCAAGCGAUCAAAGGAGCGUCACCGAUGAUGAGCGGCGUCUACAUGCUGCCCAUUGUCAUCAGUCAGUUAAUUGGUGCUGCGUUAUCGGGGCCGGCUGUCAGCAAAUUGGGAUUCUACCUCCCCUGGAGUGUGGGCAGUGCCAUCUUGAUGUCCAUUGGCAACGGCCUGUUCUGCACCAUUUCCCCAUCCACCUCCACCCAGGAAUGGAUUGGGUACGAGAUCCUGGUGGGUGCGGGGCGUGGACUCGGGAUGCAGAUGCCAGUCAUUGCCAUCCAGAACACGCUUUCUCCUGAUGCAGUUUCGAUUUCUAUGUCUCUUCUAUCUUUCUCGCAGACCUUUGGUGGCGCUGUAUUCUUGACGUUUGGAGACACCGUCUUUACUAACAGUCUGAGCACGACUGUGCCGACUUAUGCACCGGGCGUCAACCCAGAGGUGGUCAUUGCGGCCGGAGGAACGGGUCUUCGGGAGGUCAUCAGCAAUCCAGAAUUGUUAUACGGGGUUCUGGUCGCAUACGGCAAGACCAUAGACCGGGUGUUCUAUCUCGCGGCGGGUUGUGCUUGUGCCACGUUUUUAACCACGUGGGGGAUGGGAUGGAAGGAUAUCCGAAAGAAGCAAGACACAACGCCGAAUGCAAAAGCAGAGAAGGUUUAA